AUGGAAAGGCCCUUGUUCUCCUCUUGUCUCCUCGUUCUCUUACUGCUACUCUUCAAGAGCCUAAGCUUGGACUGGGCAUGGACUACCCCUGACUGCACCAUAGGAGACAGCUACCUUCUAUCUAACAUCUCCUUCUACAUCCCCUUCUGUUCCUUGGCACCAGGACUGCACCUUUUUGCAUCAUGCUCCAAUGUUAAUGACCUGACUUGGACUCUGACAGCACUGCCCAGGAGAUUAGAGGCACUAUGCCUCCAAGGCAGAGUUCCUGUGCUACCAGCUGAUGUUUUUGGACGCUUCCCCACACUAAAGUUGCUGAGGUUGCAGCUAGGCUCCAUCAGGAUUACAUCUGGAGCGUUCCAAGGAUUGAACCAGCUGCAGCAUCUUUUCUUUGAUUAUCCCACUCCCUGUUGCCUGAGUUUAUUGCUCCCUCCAGAUGUCCUAAAGCCCCUCAGAUCCCUCAGCAGCCUUUCAUUCCAAGGUUAUUGUCUGAAUUCUAGUCAGAACAUCCAAUUGCCUGUCAGUCUCCGUCAUCUGACCCUGAGUCACAGCUGUCUAACAGAGCUGCAGGAAUUGAGAAAGCUCUUCCCCAGCCUUGAGCCUAGUUCUCCUCCUGUAGCUAACUCUAGCCUAUGGUUCCCAUUCCUAGAGGUUCUGGAUCUCUCUGCCAAUCGACAGUUGAGUCGGGCUGGUGUCAAAGCCUUGCAUGGCCUCCAACUUCACUCUCUGAAGCUGGAUGGCACCCCACUAAGUACAUUAGAGCUCCUAGGGUCAGGACUGCUUCACAUGAAUUCCCUCUCCCUUGUGAAUACAGGUGCAAAAAAACUGCCUGAGCAUGUCACAGCCUACUUUGAGCUUCAUUCACUUGACCUUGGGAACAACCAAAUCCAAAAUAUAGGGAAUGAUGACCUCUCAGGCUGCCACUCCCUGGAACACCUCAACCUUCAUGCCAAUGGCCUGUGUUCACUACCCACCAGGUUCCUGAGUGCCUUGCCCCUGCUUCAAAGGCUUAAUCUAUCAAUGAAUAAGUUGGGUCCAACCUUAGCAAUCCCAGAGGUGCUGGUCAGCUCAAAUUUGAAAGUAUUAGAUCUGUCCCACAAUGGACUCAGUGCUCUCCAUUCUGGGGCCUUCUUCUCUCUUCCUCAACUACAGGAGCUUUGGCUGAGUGGGAACAAUAUCUCCAACUUAUCCAGUGAUGUGCUAGAGGGAUUGACAUGGCUAAAGACCCUCGAUCUGAGUUGGAACCAAAUUAAGGUGCUGGAACGAGGCUGGCUUUCUUCUCUUCCUGCUCUCACCUCACUGAAUCUCCUGGGCACCCAGAUAGAAUAUUUCUCUGGUCACUCGCUCCAGGGUCCCCAGAAGCUGAGCCAUCUGUGGCUGGGUUCUCUUCAACCCAUGGAGCUCUACCCUCCAUGGCCUUUGACACUGCUCAGCUUAGAGGUCUGGGCAGAAUCAUACAUCCAGUUUAGUGUCCCCUAUGGAGAACCCUUCCUGUUCUUGCAGAACCUUACCUUACAAACCAAUUUUGUGUUGCUGCAUUCAAGGAAUACCACGCUCCAUUUCCCUUCCCUGCGUCACCUCACCCUGCGAGGCUGCAGCUCCAGUGUUUUCUCUAACUCUCAACCCCAGAACUUCUUCCCACAGCUUCCUUUUCUGGAGCACCUGCAUUUCUGGUCUGAUCACGACGGAACUAAAGGUCUACAACUGUUUGGGAUGCCCAAUCUGCGAGUACUGGAGCUGGGAGACCUGGAUAGCCUCUAUGAAUCAAGCCCAACGAACCUGGAGGUGCCACUGAAAGCACUACCAAAAUUAGAAGUACUGGCAUUGAGCAACCUGAACUUUAGGAACCUCUCGGCCUCCAGUUUCAGGGGCUUGAGGCAACUCCAGAUGCUGUUGCUGAACUCUGAAUGGAGCCUGAGACUGGACAGCAGCCUCCAGGAACUCAUCCCCCAGAUGCCUCAAUAUGUUUAUUUCUCAGAUGUCAUCUUCAAGUGCCAAUGUGAAAGCUCAUGGGUAGGUUCUUGGGCAACACGGGCCCCAAACACCUUUGUGUAUGGACUAGAGAAAUCCAUUUGCAUGGCCAAUGCCUCUGAUUUCUCCAAGACUCCAUUUCUUUCUUUCUUUUCUGGUCACUGUCCAGAUAACCUUGAGCUUCAGGGCUUUCUAGCCAGCUUCACUGUGGUGCUCCUGCUGAUCAUAUUUGCUUUGCUUGGCUGCCCUAAGUGGCCCUGGCUCCACCACCUCUGGACCCUAUUUCUUGCCUGGUGGUGGAAGUUGGGUGGCUGGUACCACAGAAGUCAAUAUCACUAUGAUGUCUUUAUAUCCUGUUGUGGGCAGGACCGAGCCUGGGUGCUGGCAGAGUUGAUUCCUGCUCUGGAGAAGCCUCUUCCAGCUGGUGAGGGCUUGAGGAUAUGCCUACCAGAGAGGGACUUUGGGGUUGGACAGGACAGGGUGGACACAAUGGCUGCCAGCAUGGAGAGCAGCCGAACCACCCUGUGUGUGCUCAGUCGCCAGGCCCUGAACAGUUCCUGGUGCAAUCUAGAGUUAAGGGUUGCCACCUACUACUUGGUAACCAAGCCUAGAACUUUUCACCUCCUGCUGCUCUUUCUGGAGCCUAUUGAUCGGCAGCAGCUGCACAGCUAUCAUCGCCUUGCCAGGUGGCUUCAGAAGGAAGACUACUUGGAUUUUCCCCAAGGGCGUGCUGAGUGGGAGACUUUCUGGGAGCAACUUCGGAGAAGGCUAUGGGAAACUGUACAAGAGAGAGAGGAUUAA